AUGGCGGGGCAGGAGCAUAGGACAAUCGAUCUGGAGGAGGGAUGGGCGGUCAUGCAGAAGGGCAUCACCAAGCUGAAGAACAUCCUCGAGGGCAAGCCAGAGCCGCAGUUCAGCUCCGAGGACUACAUGAUGCUUUACACGUUAACCUUCCGCGUGGCUAUGGAUAUAUUUAAUUCAAGAAGAGAGAUGAUGCUGAGAAGGCUCUUCUUUACAUGGAUGGGUCAAAUUGACGGAAAUGUUGUUAAGUUGAGAUUCACUCUUCAACCACGCCAAAGGGCUGCAUCACCUAUGAAAGCUCCGCCCCCUCCUCCAAAAAGAGAUGCUCCCCAGAUUGAAAAAGGUGUUAGCAGUGCUGAAAAGGAUGCCCAGCAGCGUCCUAGGGAAUCUCAUGGUGAUUUAAUUGUUCAGCUCAUGAUUAUUUUAUAUUCCAUAGCUGUGGACUACACGUGCCUAUCCCUGCUAAAUCUCGCCACCUCCAAGGCGGUUGAGGAGCCCACCAAGAAGGCCACCACCUCCACGUCGCUCUCCUCCUCGCCGACCCCUUCGCUCCCACUCCAGAUCAAUUUCUCCAAGAAGGGGACGAGGGCCUCCGUUGAGGCGUGGGUCCAAGAAGGGUAUCAAGGAGCCGCAGCCCUAGAAGGCCUCCUAGAGGAAGAAGCAUCUCUAGUGACAGCCGAAGCAGCAGUUCACCUUCCCCUAGACGCGUCAGGUGUACGCUUUGUUUUGGGAUAUCUUUUCCUUGGCGAUUGA